AUGCUAAGGUGGCAGCAGUGCAAUUCAAGGCAACAGUCAAUCAUUGUACUCGCUCUCUUCGGCUUUGCGGCCUGUGGCCGCCUAGACUACCUCCCUCCAGCCAGAGGUGGCAGUGGAGGCGGCGCUGGAGGCCCAUACCCUGGUGCGGGAGGCCCUAGCGGAGGUAGCGGAUAUCAAGGCGGCGCUGGAGGGGGAUUCCCAAGUGGUGGAGGGGGUAGAUUCCCAAGUGGCGGCGGUGCAGGAGGCGCCGGAGGUGCCGGGGGUUACCAAGGCGGAGGAGCCGGGGGUUACAGCGGCGGCGCAGGAGGAAGUUUUGGCCCCGGAGGAGCAGGAAGACCCGGAGCCGGUUCUGAAAUUCCAAUCAUCCGGUAUGAAAACAACAACAACGGAGACGGAACUUACAGCUGGCUGUACGAAACCGGAAAUGGUAUAAACGCCCAAGAACAGGGUGAUGGUCGAGGAGAUGGUACACAAGCACAAGGCUCCUUCAGCUACACCGCCCCAGAUGGCCAACAGAUCGCAAUCAGCUACACAGCUGACCAGAAUGGUUUCGUUCCUCAAGGUUCUCACCUCCCAACUCCACCACCGAUUCCAGAAGAAAUCCAGAGAGCAAUCGACCAGAACCUGGCUGAUGAGGCUAGAGGAAUCGUAGAUGAUGGCCAAUACAAACCUGGUCCAGAUGAGGGAGCUCAAGGAGGCUACGGAAGAGGACCAGCAGGUAGCGCUGGAGGACCAGGUUUUGGAGGACAGGGAGGUGCAGGUUUUGGAGGAGGCCAGGGAGGUGCAGGUUUUGGAGGAGGCCAGGGAGGUGCAGGUUUCGGCAGAGGACCAGGUUUUGGGGGACAAGGAGGUAGAGGUGGCGCACCUGGAACUCAGUAUGGAGUUCCUGGAACUGGCCAAGCUAAAGGGCCUGAUGGGUAUAGGUACUAAAUAUCACGAUAGCUUGCCAUACGUAUAAGAAUGUAAAAUAAUGCUGUAAAUAGAUGUGUUCUUAUCUUAGGUGGAAUAAAACUUGUAUUUUUGUAUA